AUGGUUCGCCAAUGGACGCUUCUGGAGAAAGAAAGGGAUGAAGCAAACCAGGAAAGGCAUGUGAACGACCUGCAGCGUGAAGCUAUUCAGCGGGAAAGGGAGCGAUUGCUAGAAGAGGGUGCCAGAUUGCAGGAGAGCAGGCUGGCCUGGCAGGGUGCCAUGCAAGAAGCAGACCUGCAGCGACAGCAUGGUGAGAUCCAACAGAGCUUGCUUAAAGCUAAGCGGCUAGAGGAUGAACAGCGCCUGAUGUUCGACUCUGCUCGGGAGUCUGCUCGCAAAGAAGCGGAGCAGGUUCACAAAGCAGCUGAGACGCAACGGCAAACUGAUGCCCUGGAGCACCAGAAACAGUUGUCGGAGCUCAAGGAACAAGUGGCUGUUCUGCAGGUUGAAUUGGCUCACAGAGAACAGGCCGCGCAGCCACAGCAACCUGACUUACAUCUCUUUCUAGACCAGCUGCUGCAGCAGUUCCGACGAGCCGAGUCGCAAUCGACGAGCUCUAGCGAGGAAAAGGAAAGGGCCCUUAGGGACGAAGAAAUGAAGCAAUUGCGCGAGGCUCGCCAGCAGGAGCAAGCCGAAGUGGCUGACUUGAAGGCCGAGGUGCGACGCUUGCACGUGGAGUUGACGAAGCCGAAGCCCCCUGAAGCGGUCGAGAUGCAAAUGCCCCAGCAGUUAUUGGAAACAUUACAAGAGCUUGUGCAACGGCUUCCGAUGCAAGCAGAGCAAACGGACAAGGAGGCAAUCUCUAAGGCAGCAGCGGCCAAAGCAGUUGCAACAAAAGCUGAGGAGGGGAGUGUGGCACAAGACCGGGCAAAGGAGGAGGAGGAGGAGGAGGAGCAUCUGGCUGCGGCAAGGCAAGCUGCAGCGAAACAAGCUGAAGACCAGCGAGUUGCCGCAGAAGAAGCCCGGAAGAAGGAGGAGCAGCUCUUAGCCCAAGAGGUGGCUGCCAAAGAGGCAGCGGAGAAGGAAGAGGAGGCUGCUGCCACAGAAGCAGCGGAGAAGGAAGAGGAGCAGCGCGUUGCAGCAGAAGAAGCCCGGAAGAAGGAGCAGCGCCUAGCCCAAGAGGUGGCUGCCAAAGAAGCAGCGGAGAAGGAAGAGGAGCAGCGCUUAGUGGCUGCCAAAGAAGCAGCCGAGAAGGAAGAGGAGCAGCGCCUGGCAGCGGAAGAAGCCCGGAAGAAGGAGGAGCAGCGCGUAGCCCAAGAGGUGGCUGCCAAAGAGGCAGCAAAGAAGGAAGAGGAGCAGCGCUUGGCCGCAGCCAAGGAAGCCACAGCUGAACAAGCUGAAGAGGAGCGCGUGGGAGCAGAAGCCGCACGGAAGAAGGAGAAGCAGCGCGCAGCCCAAGAGGUGGCUGCUAACGAGGCAGCGGAAAAGGAAGAGGAACUGCACUUAGUGGCUGCCAAAGAAGCAGCGGAGAAGGAAGAGGAGCAGCGCGUGGCAGCGGAAGAAGCCCGGAAGAAGGAGGAGCAGCGCUUACCACAAGAGGUGGCUGCCAAAGAAGCAGCGGAGAACGAGGAGGAGCAGCGCUUGGCCGCAGCCAAGGAAGCCGCUGACGAACAAGCUGAAGAGCAGCUCGUGGCAGCAGAAGAGGCCCGGAAGAAGGAGGAGCAGCGCUUAGCCGAGGAGGUGGCUGCCAAAGAAGCAGUGGAGAAGGAAAUCUCGACCACAGCCGGGCAAGCAACAGCUGAGCAAGCUGAAGAGGAGCGCGUGGGAGCAGAAGAGGUCCGGAAGAAGGAGGAGCAGCGCUUCGCCCAAGAGGUGACUGCCAAAGAGGCAACGGAGAGGGAAAGACCGACUGCUGCAGAUGCCGUUGCGGAAGAGCUGCUCCAGCAGGUGACGGCAGAGGCCGUUCUCGAGCAGCACGAGGCUGCAAGGAGAAGGGCGGCUCAGCAGUCUGCUCAGAGCCCUGGCGAAGCCUCGAGGGAUGGAGAUGCAGUCGACACCAUCACGGACGAAGUGCUGCAGCUGCUCAUGCAGGAGCUGGCGGACGAGUUGAUGCCUAGUGAGGGAGAUGCUGGACAGCCUGGGGUGGAGCUGCAGGCUGCCUUCUACUCCGGGCUUCGAGGGGGCCAGCUGUUCGGUGAGGCCGUGGUAAGGAUUUGCCAGAAGUGGGGAUGGACGGACUCCUUACCUUUUGCCGAGGGCUCAUCAGGGAUCGUGAGGGCAUGGGCCCUUCAAUGCAGAAGAGUCCUACCUGGACGAAGCUAUCGGAUACCCACUGGCCAUGAUCGGCUUCUACUUUCAGUUAACGCACUUCUUUGCGCUGCUGCCCUUCCCUCUGGACUGGAUACUUUGGCCUCUGACUGCCUUGGAGAGCUUGCUGGAGCUUCAGGGCGGCUUGAUCUGAACCGCUGCUCACACCUGGCAGAUCAGCUGGUGACGAGUCGGCUGACAGGCCGCAGAGGGCGAGCCGACACCUCCCUGGAGAGGCAUGAGGAAAAUCCUGGUAUUUUGACCGGCCAGCCUAAAAUGGCAGAACUGGCUGACAUUGCGCCGAUCUUCUCCAGCUAUUCGGCUUCUUCUUCCGGAGAGAUAGACGGCAGGAGCUUUACGAAGCUUUGCAAGGACUGCAGCCUGGUGGAUCGGAUCUUCAGCUCGACGGAUGCCGACCUGAUCUUCGCAAAAGUGGUGCCGAAGGGACAGCGCCGCAUCACCAUAGCCGAGUUUGAGAAGGCUCUCGGCCUCAUCGCCGAGCGGCGUGGAUGCAGCCAGGAGGAUGUCAUGCAAAGGGUCGCCGAUGGAGCGGGUCCAGCCUUGGAAGGUACCAAGGCCGAGGCUGUGCGCUUUCAUGAUGACAAGACAACCUACACUGGCACCCAUGCACGCGGCGGGCCGGAGUCUGUACCGAAGGGCUACGGCCAUGUGCCCCAGUCCAUGAAGCCACGGCGGUCGCUGUCACGGACAUCUAGCGGAGCAUGUGCAUUGCCGAAUCUCCUCGGUGCUAGCACUGGCAGCAGUUCCGGAUUGGAGCGCAAGCUCAGCCGAACAGGAUCCAAUGGAUGGAUACGGCCAUUGACUCCCCUGGAAAAAGCUGCAACAAUCGGUCGCAGAGAGGGCUGUGGUCUCCUGGAGAAUGUCUUUGAAGCAUAUUGCAGCCCAGGCCAAACAGAAAUGGAUGGGAAAGGCUUCGCCAAGCUGAUGAAGGAUAGCAAGAUCGUGGGCACAAGGUUCACGACAACGGACGGGUUGCAGAAAUUGAAUGGGAUUGGGUCCUUUUGGCUGGUUUGCGUGUCUGUGCAGAUCACGGGAGGAUAG